UAUUUUAAAAUUUAUAUAAGGAACCAUAAGAUUUUUGUGUCAUAUUUAUUGCCAGAGAAAUGUAUAAAAGAGUUUUAUAUUUAGUUUAGGCUUCAGUUGCUAAUCAAAUAGUCACCGUGUGUAUAUCAUUAUGAAAUCGGUCAUUUUCGUCGCCGUCGCCCUCGUGGCUGUUGCCGUGGCUGCUCCUACUGUUGUGGACGUUCCAGAGCCCGUCAAAAUCACGGAAUCCAAGUUCGUGCAGGAAACUGAGGGAUCCUACACUUACGAUUUUAAGUCUGAAGAUGGUAUUUCCCGCCAAGAGACCGGUACUGUGAAGGAAGUUAUCGACGCUGAGAACAAGCCUCAAAAGGUGAUCGUUGUCCGCGGAUCCUACACCUACUACAAUGAGGAGGGCAAGCCAGUGACCAUCACCUACUAUGCUGACGAGACCGGCUUCCACGCCGAGGGCGAGGUCAUCCCCAAAGCUCCUGUUGCCAGGAUUUAAGCGUUAAAUACCCAAAAUUCAGCCAUUAAUUUGCAGUGAAAGUUAAUGACUUAGAAGAAAUGGCGUUAUCAUCUUACUGACAGAUGUAUGCAUAGUAAACGCGGUUUUACUCUCUGAGAAAUCAAGCUUUAAUUUUAAAUAAACACAAUUUUAGAACGAUAA